GCAGGAAGGAAGAUGCAGAGGCUGAGCAGAGGUACCUGGAUGAGCUUGGUUCUGUGGAUUGUUGUACUCUGUGGCAGCGGUGUGUGUGCUGGAAAACGGUACGCUGCUGCUGAUGAAGGGGACUCUGGGUCAAAAAGUGUUUUCAGGGCAAGGUGUGUGUCCCGCUGCCUGAGCCUGCACAGCAUGGCUGCACCCCUUAUUCUCUUGAAGGGUAAUGGAUCGCUGGGUUGGUGCCAUGGUAACAAACAGUGCUCCCAGUGUCUGAAGCCAUGCGUGCAUGACUGGAAGAUGAAGAAGAGAAGUGACUGCAGAGAACUUUGUGAGCAGGUGCUUCAGAGGAAGCAGUGGGAGUGUGUGGCCAGCUGUCACUUCCUUCACUCAGUCCUGGCAGCGAAGCAGGGCAGCUGUCCACCACCAGAGGGAGCCAGUGGGUUUGCAGCCGCGUGCAUAGCAGGUUGUGACCAUGACAAGCAAUGCUCUAUGCAGAAGAAGUGCUGCUUCAAUGGUUGUGGACACACCUGCCAGCCUCCCAAAGACCUAUACAAGGGUGUUCCUCUGAAACCAAAGAAGGACCUGAGCUUUGAGGAAUCUCCCUCCGGGCACCUGACCGUCAGCUGGUCGUCCCGUUUGAACGCCUCCUCCGAGCCAGUGGUCUACAUUCUGCAGAGGAGGUGGAACUUUGGCAUCCAGCCCGGUGAGGACACCGCCACCCCCUGGGAGGAAGAGACUCAGACCACAGAGUUGGGGGCGAGUCUGUCUGACAGCCGGCCUGGUCGUUGGUAUCAGUUCAGAGUGGCGGCUGUAAACCUCCAUGGGACCAGAGGUUUCACCACUCCGAGCAAACACAUCCGCACUAACAGAGACCCCUCCAGUCCGCCGGCCCCGUCUGAGCUGAGAGUUGCCGACAUGAACUUUGGCCCUGGCAGACUCGUGAGAGCAAGGAUCAUCUGGGACAUUCCGACAGACCUGGACGUUCCCGUCCACCACUACAAGGUCAGCUGGAGCUGGACAGCAGCUGGACACUCAUCCGUGACCAAGAGGAGGAAGACAGUCAGAGAGAACCAGGUGGAGCUGAGCAGCAUGAGGUCCAACAGGAAGUACAGUGUGGAGGUCCAAGGUGUGUCCCACUGGGGACAAACAGAGCUCAAAGGUCCUCCAGCUGUUCUCCAUUUCAUCACCCAGAGGACUUUCAGUCCCGCACCACCACAUCCUGCAGGCGGCAUUCUAGACGUUGGGACUCCGUUCUACCAGGACGGUCAGCUACGUGUUCAUGUGUACUGGCAGACCAGUUCAGAUUCUUCAGUUGAAUUCUACAGACUUCGCUGGGGACCUGAGAGCUGCACACACAACCUUACCAAACCCACAGAGAAGACCAGAACAAGAAAGAACUUUGUCAGUCUGCAAGGCCUGCUCUUCUCCUGUAAGUACAAAGUCGUUCUGCAGCCAGUCAGCUCAAAGAGUCGUCCUCCAGCAGCAAGCUCCAGUUUCUUCACUCCUUCCUGUUCCGGCAUCCAGGCUAAGAGCCCCAAACCCAUCCACUGUGCUGGAGAGACGGCUGAGCCACCGGAGUUCAUCCGCAUGAAGGUUGUCAACCUGACAGCGUCGUUUCAAGCUCACCGUGACAACGUGUCGGCCAUCUUUAGCUGGGAUUUGGCCGUGACUCUUUCCAACCAGCAGCUGCUUGGUUACCAGGCAACAUGGAUGGAGGUUGUUUCGCCCAAACGCCACAGCAACAGGAAGUCGCCUCACAGCCUGAUCUCUCAGUCUCAGAUCUUACCUCCGGACAGUAAUGUUCUGAUUGUAUCGGGCUUGCAGCCUGCCAGUGUGUACCGCCUGGAGGUUCGGGUCAUCUCGGCCGAGGGCGAAGGCCCUGCAACCAGCCGCACCUUUCAGACUCCUGGGCACCAGAGCAUUGCAAAGCAAAGUGAGAGCUCACACUGAUCGUCUGAAUACGCUUUGAAACAUUCCUCAAUGUGCUUCUUCCUUUCUUUAUUAUAAACUUUCUGCACUGCUCCAGUUAUGGCUAUUUAUUUUUGUCAGUGUUUCCUUAGUGGACUUUAUAUUUUCAGUCUAAAAAAAAGCUAAAAAAUAUAUGGAAAUAGCUUACAAUAAAAAGUCAUUUCUAAAGUAAAUACACUUAUUUUUGUGUGUAUGCACUGCUCUUCCUGAAAGCCUGAGCUGCUGUUUCAACUCUUAUUCUGAAAAUUUCCUCAGUUCCUGCUCAGGAACUGAGGUCAUGCAGUCCAGCCUGCAUGACCUCAACCUCCUGAUGUAGCAGCAGUGAAGACCUGACUGAGUUAAGAAGGAGGGUUUCAGGAUUCAACAGAGUUGUGGGGUAUUUUAAAGUUUCAUGGGGGUUCAACCUUCAGCUCAAAAACUGGUUCCUUACAUUUACAUAAUGAGACACAGAAUGAAGUCUGAAAAUCAGAAACUUCGAAAGUUUUAAACAAAAAUGUCAGACUUCUGGAAAAUGCGUUAAUUAUUUAUUUAUUACAUUCAAUACUUAGUUGGAUCUCCUUUUGCACAAAUUGCUGCAUAAAUUCAGCUGAGCAUGGAGCAGAUCAGCCUGUGAUCUGCUGAGGUAUUCUGGUGGAUUUUUAUUCUUCCAUAAUCACCAAAAUUACAAGAAAUAAAAGCCUGCAAAAUAUAUCGAGAAUAAUGAAUUUAUGUUUCUUUUAUAGAUUUAUUGCUCUGAGUCACAAAAAUAUUAAACUGCUACACAAUAUUGUGAUUUUUUUUUUAAUACACUUGUAAAUGUGUUCAGAAUGUGAUCUUGGACCUAACGUUUAAGAAAUAAUUCAGGAACCAUGAUGUGACGCUAAAACGUCAAUUUCAAGCAAAUUCUGUUUCUGACGUUUUGAUGACGUCAGAAAACUGGCUGCAGCAGCCAGCGUGUGUGUCUGCGUAUGCAUGCUGUACGUUUUCAUGAAUUGUAGUUUUGAAGCAAAUGUCCCUCUGUUGUACAAUCCAGGAAGCCAUCUGUAGAUCAUGCAUGAAAAGUCUGUUCAUGUCCUUGGCAAAUAUCUCAAACAUUUAGAAUGCAUACGGCCGUUGUGCCUCCUAGAAAACAUAUAGCCUGUAUGAAAAUGCUGCUUUUUCCAUCAGAAAUCAAUUUUAUGCACCAAUAUAAAUCUGUUUUGCAUGUGUUUAAAAAUUAGUAAAUGUUUUAAUACUGUUGAAAAUGUCGUGUAUCAAACAGUUGUCUCAUUCUUUGACAAAGAGGAUGUCAGUGAAAAUGUGGGAUUAAAAACGCAGAUAACAUAAAAGGUAUUUUUAUUCCUAAUUCAGUACACAGCUAAUAAGACUCA